GACUGAACUCUGACAUUUCAUUUGACAUUUAUCAAAAAUCAAAAAAUUAUUGGUUACGGUUGCAGUGUGAUUUUUAAGAUUUUUAUCAAUAAUUUAGUUUUCUUUAUAACUAUAAUCAUAUCAUUAGUUAUAUUACUAUAAUUGCAUAAUAAUCUAGCCAAGAAGCGAAAAUAUGCCAACUUUAAUAAAAGAUCAAGAUGCUUUUUCAGAUAUCAUAAAGCAGUCUAAUCUCAGUGUAAUUCAUUUUCAAGCAGAUUGGGCAGAACAAUGUUUACAAGUAAAUGAUGUACUUGAUACUUUAGCAAAAAAGUCCGAGUUUAUUAAUGUAAAGUUUUAUUCCUGCCUAGCUGAAGAACUUAGCGAAGUAUCUUUAAAAUAUAAUGUUGAUUCUGUUCCUACUGUGUUAUUAUUUCAAUCAAAUAAAAAAGUUGAUAGAGUAGAUGGAGCGGACGUGUCAAAAUUAAUUGAAACUCUGAAAACUCAUAUUGGAGAUAAUGAGACGAAGCAAGAUAGUUUAGAAAAUAGAUUAAAAUCUUUAAUUAAUAAAUCUAAAGUAAUGCUGUUUAUGAAGGGUGAUAGGGUUACACCUAGAUGUGGAUUUAGUAGGCAAAUUAUUGAAAUUCUUAAUAAUACUGGUGUAUCCUAUGAAACAUUUGAUAUAUUACAAGACGAAGAAGUUCGACAAGGCCUUAAGACUUAUUCAGAUUGGCCUACAUAUCCCCAAUUAUAUGUAAAUGGAGAUUUAAUUGGAGGCUUAGAUAUUAUAAAGGAACUGCUUGGCAGUGGGGAACUUACACAAAUAUUAAAUGGUUGAAACAAUUUACCAACUGUGGCAGUUAAAGUAAAAGGCAGGAUUUCUUGUUUGUUUUAAAAUAUUCAGUUAAUAUAUUAUGUCAAUAUGAUGUACCAAAGUAAUAUUGCUUUUAUAUCUAAUAAAAGGAAAAUAUAAAAUA